ACGAGGGGUUUUUCGGCCGGGUACUGGCCGUUUGGCCGAAUACGAGACACUGAGCAGAACUGGCAUGGCGGAAAUCCAGCGUGCUGCAAACGACAGCUUUCAUGCACAACACCCCUCCAAAUCUUCAGGAAUCAAGCUUGUUCUUCCUCCUCUAAAUGCCCUCAAAGCUCUCAAGGCAAAGAAGAAGGCCGGGAAGGCCUUUCUCAAUGAUGUACCCCACCAGAAGAUUCCGCGACCAGUCAAGUUAAAACCGUUGAAAGAGGUGUUAAGCAAGUUGAUUGCACAGAUCAAAAAGAAAGAUGAUUAUGCUUUCUUCCUCACUCCAGUCGACACGUCCCAGGUGACAGGGUAUACAGACCUCGUCAAGCAUCCUAUGGACUUUGGAACCAUCACUACGAAGGUGGAGAGAGGAAAGUAUCGGUCGUUAGAGGAAUUCACGUCUUCAUGAAGAGCGUAUGUUGCCGAUGACAAUGCCAUUGAAUGGAUCAAUACUUCGCUCGUGACGUACAGAACGCGGGUCUGCCUCGGCGGGUUUGCAAGGCUCGCUCAGGCGGUCUCAGAAUUCACUUCGGGCACUUUGGUGUCGCUGUUCGCACCCGCGCAUGUACCCAUGCAUCUCCUCGAAUCCCCUUCUGUUUAUAAUUGUCAAGCCUAGUACAGUCACUGAAUCACUUGCUUCUAGUCCGAUGUACGCCUGGUGACAAGCAAUGCCAAGCUCUUCAACCCACCGGGAUCAAUAUACUAUACCGAGGCCGACCGCAUAGAAGCCUUUGCUCUCAGUCACAUAUCCAAAGCAGCGUCCACAGUCAUCGAAUAUGAGGCAGACUGGAACAUUGAUAUCGAACACGAAGAUGAAGGAAGACCCAGUGAUGAAUUCGAAGAAGAUACACAUGCGAAGGGUACACCCAUGGAUGUGGACGGGAGUGCAAGAGGGAGGUCACCAUCUGUUGCGUCUACUCAGACACCUCUACAGACAUCUCGGCGGAAUGCGAAAGCUGGUCCGUCGAAGAAACAGCCUGGUAUGGUUGCGGAGUCUUGGGAGGAUGAUGGCCAUCUGCCUGGCCAUAAAGAUGGCCUAGGGCAGUUUCCCCCCGGAUCUGACUUUGCGCAACUCAUGCUUGCGCUGAAGUUGAAAGGGAAGCGAUAUAGGACGAAGAAGGAACGACUCCGUAUGGAGCGCGGCGGUCCACCAUUUGCCGUUGAUGGUAGUUUGGACUACAGUGAAAUGGAAGAUCCUUUCACAGUUCUCUCGGUACUCCUUCCCGAACCUCCUUCAAAGCCCCUCUUGACGCCAAUAUACCCAAGUCAACCGAUCACAGACCCUUCUGAACACCGUCUUCCCGCCCCGAUCAAUCUCUCACCAGACCGCCCUACGUUUCAGAGCACCAUACCCACAGAGAAACGCUCAUCUAGUGCGAAUAAAGGCAAACAGAGAAGGCGACAUUGGCUUAUUACUCGAACCACAGUCAGUCGCGGUAAGGGCAAGGAGAGGGAAGAAGAAGAGACGGUACCGCCCUGGAAGACACCUCGAGAACCCCAUACAGUUGACUGGGGUUCUUUCGCAAUCUUGGUUGAUAAGAUUGCGCAGGAGAAUCAUGCUCGGGGGGUCAGUGUCGACUUGAGUUCAACGGAGAGGUUGCUCGACGUCAUCAAGCAAAGUGUUGAGCCGAAGCUAGACGACUAUGAGCUAGAGGCCAAGCUUCUACCUGAUGUUGUACCGACGCUGGAGAAUUAUUGGGACCAGAGGGCAAGACAGGCGCAGGAUUAUCUUCAGGAUGUCGUUUACGGUGGUGUUGAGGGUUUGGCGUAUGUGCGUAGCUUAGCGGAGUUUUGUCGUCGACCAGAUGAUAUGAAAUUCGAGGACGGUGGGCCUACGUAUUCCGCAUUGGGAAUGCCUCUCGCGAAAUGGGUAGAACAAAAUGUCGUCGACCAUGUCACUGAAGGGCGACAUCGGCUGCUCCGAGAAGCAUCACUCCGCCUACAGUCUCCAAAGACACCCAUAGACCCGACGACCGCCAGAUACGUGGACUUAUCUUUACACGUUUAUCCACGUAUCCUGCGACAAGUCUAUGAACUCCGUCAGAUUGCUGCUCACAAACUCGACAUGGCUGCCCUCAUCAAGGAACCAGACGAGCUGUUCUUGGCUGACAACGUGUGGGCUGGUGCAACUUUUCUCAAGGAGCAAAGGCAGAAGAUGGAGGAAGAGGUGGAGAAGGCACUUGCUGAGUCGCCGGAGAAGAACGCAGCGGAUUACCUCGCGUUUGCCAUUCAGUCGCACAAGGAAGCGGAGUCAACGCCUGCGCCUGCCUAUGAAGGUCCGGAAGUCAUCACACACGCAUUAAACUUCUCCGCGGACCUAAUCUCCGAGCUUGGGUCGUCUAGAGCACGCAAGCGGGAUCGAGAUACUAUGGAGGCGGAGGAUGUCAAGAUGGAAGAUGGCGGCGAGCCGGGGAAGUCUGACAAGGAAGAACGUUUGUUGAAGAAGUUGCGCCUGAACUUGCUGGCUCUUGCGAAGAGGGCACCGUUGGACACUGUUGCGAGGUUACCGGCGGAUUUGGUUCCUGAGCAUAUCAGACCGUACAUUCCGACUCUGGCUUCUAUCCCUGCAUCUUCAUCGACUGCUUAGAUUCAUACACGAGCAUCAAGGGACAGCUUUCAUUUGUAUUUUACGUUGCAGUUGUGUAUUGUUAAUAUUGUUGCAUUAGAUCCCUGAUCACUUCGCGUGGAAUGUUGCGCAAACAGUCGGCGAACAAUAAAACUCACACAAAUACCACUCACGCCAUUAUCAGACCCAGUCCAGUGAAGCCACCGAUCGGGUGUUCCAUGUUGAAGGUUUCACUCUGUUUCAUUACCGGAAGUAUGUAUUUCUUGCCGCUGAGGCAGAAUUCCCCGUAACAUUUUCCUCGGGCCACUUGGACUACCGAUGUUCAAAUCGCACGACCUUCACUGGAGACGGCGCAAAAUGCCGUCACUACGACUCUGUCAAAGCACCAGACGACUGCUACAAUGAUACGUGUGUGCUUGUGGUGUAGAAUGUAAGAUUUAACGCC